AAGGCCUUUCGCCCUGAUCCGGAAGCUAGGGCGUCGCAUGGUGCGGCGUGGGCCGCUGCCUUGGAAACGAGGAGUAGUGCGCUCCCCACUGGAGCUGCGGCGCCCUAGCUACGGCCCUGGUCUGGGGGAAGAGGUUACUAAGAGUGCACGAUGCUGUGUGCCCGAAGACUGGGCAGCCUAGCAGCCGGACUAGCGGCCCUGCGGCCGGGGCGAGCCGCUCGGGGCAGUCUCGGAGCCGGGAUUCAGGCUCGAAGGGUCAGCACCAGCUGGUCCCCGGUGGGCGCCGCAUUCAAUGUCAAACCGCAGGGCCGCCGCCUGGACUUGUUCAGCGAGCGCCGGGGUCUUUUUGGAGUUCCUGAGCUCAGUGCACCAGAGGGGUUUUAUAUUGCACAAGAAGAAGCCUUGAGAAAGACAGAGUUGCUGGUGGAGCGCGCAUGUUCUACCCCUCCUGGGCCCCAGACCGUGCUCAUCUUUGACGAGCUCUCUGAUGCUUUGUGUAGAGUGGCUGACUUGGCUGAUUUUGUGAAAAUUGCACACCCUGAGCCAGCAUUCAGAGAGGCUGCGGAAGAAACCUGUAGAAGUAUUGGCACCAUGGUAGAAAAGUUGAACACAAAUGUGGAAUUAUAUCAGAGUUUGCAGAAAUUACUAUCUGAUAAAAAGCUUGUGGAUUCCCUUGAUGUAGAAACCAGGCGAGUGGCUGAACUAUUUAUGUUUGAUUUUGAAAUCAGCGGGAUCCAUCUAGAUGAAGAAAAGCGUAAAAGAGCAGUGGACCUUAAUGUUAAAAUUUUGGAUUUGAGUAGUAAAUUUCUCAUGGGAACCAACUUUCCCAACAAGAUUGAGAAGCAUCUCUUACCAGAUCACAUUCACCAUAACUUUGUACGUGAUGGGGAUCUUGUGGUAGUCGAUGGUCUGCAUGCGGAAGCACCAAAUGACUUGGUUCGAGAAGCUGCUUAUAGGAUUUUUCUUUAUCCCAAUGCCAGUCAAUUGAAAUAUUUAGAAGAAUUGCUAAGCAACAGAGACCUCCUGGCAAAGUUAGUAGGCUAUUCUACAUUUUCCCACAGGGCUCUCCAAGGAACAAUAGCUCAAAAGCCAGAGACUGUCAUGCAGUUCCUUGAGAAACUAUCUGACAAACUUUGUGAAAGAACUAUAAAAGAUUUUGAGAUGAUGCGACAGAUGAAAAUGAAACUAAAUCCUCAAAAUUCUGAACUGAUGCCUUGGGAUCCCCCCUACUACAGUGGUGUGAUUCGUGCAGAGAGGUACAAUAUCGAGCCCAGUUUAUACUGUCCAUUUUUUUCCCUUGGAGCUUGCAUGGAAGGCCUGAAUAUUUUGUUUAACAAGCUGUUGGGCAUUUCGUUAUAUGCAGAGCAGCCUGCAAAAGGAGAGGUGUGGUGUGAAGAUGUCCGAAAGCUGGCUGUCGUCCACGAAUCUGAAGGAUUAUUGGGAUACAUUUACUGUGAUUUUUUCCAGCGAGCAGACAAACCACAUCAGGAUUGCCAUUUUACAAUUCGAGGAGGCAGGUUAAAAGAAGAUGGAGACUAUCAACUCCCAGUUGUAGUUCUUAUGCUGAAUCUUCCCCAUUCCUCAAGGAACUCACCUACCUUAUUAACUCCUGGAAUGAUGGAAAAUCUUUUCCAUGAAAUGGGACAUGCCAUGCAUUCUAUGCUGGGACGAACUCGGUACCAACAUGUCACUGGGACCAGGUGCCCCACUGAUUUUGCUGAGGUUCCAUCUAUUCUGAUGGAGUACUUUUCAAGUGAUUAUCGAGUGGUUAACCAGUUUGCCAGACAUUAUCAAACUGGGCAGCCAUUGCCAAAAAAUAUGGUGUCUCGUCUCUGUGAAUCUAAGAAGGUUUGUGCUGCUGCCGAUAUGCAACUUCAGGUCUUUUAUGCCACUCUGGAUCAAAUCUACCAUGGGGAGCAUCCCCUGAGGAAACCAACCACAGACAUCCUCAAGGAAACACAGGAGAAAUUUUAUGGCUUACCCUACGUUCCAAAUACUGCCUGGCAGCUGAGAUUCAGCCACCUUGUGGGCUAUGGUGCCAAAUAUUACUCUUACCUGAUGUCCAGAGCUGUAGCGUCCAUGGUUUGGAAGGAAUGUUUUCUACAGGAUCCUUUUAAUAGGGCCGCUGGGGAGCGCUAUCGCAGGGAGAUGCUGGCCCACGGCGGGGGCAAGGAGCCCAUGCUCAUGGUUCAAGUUUUCAGCGGACACAACAUCUUUGUUUGUAUGUGGUGCUGAGGAUGGAACCCGGGCCACACGCAUGCCAGGUAUGCUUCAGAAGUGUCCUUCUAUUGAUGACUUUGUGAACGCCCUUGUUUCUGACUUGGAUCUGGAUUUUGAAACUUUCCUCAUGGAUUCUAAAUAAUGGAAAUACCUUGGAUCUUUUAAAUCAAAGUCAUGUAGAUAUUAACCAUUUCUUACAAAUGUUAUUGCUGUGAGAACUCAUUUCUGAUUUCAGUAUUCACUUAUGUAAUAACUCCUGACAAACCUUAAACUGAUGGAACUUGAAAUAAAUAACUUGUUUGAAUUAUA